AUGCGGGGAGCGGCGCUGCUACGGGGGCUGCUCCGGCGCCCCUCCGCCGCCGCACUUCUUGCCUGCUGCGGCGGCGGCGGCAGCAGCAACGUGCCGCGCGGCACGACGGCCAUUGCGGCGGCCAUUGCGGCGGCCACGCGCCCCUACAUGCCGCUCCCGAGCGACCAGAGUGAAUUUUCUCCCUACGUCGAAAUUGACUUGCCGAGCGAGAGCCGCAUUCAGGCGAUCCAUCGCAGCGGCCUCGGGGCGCAGGAGUGGGUGGCCUGCGAGAAGGUACACGGCACCAACUUUGGCAUCUACCUCAUCAACCUCGGCGAGCAGGAGGCGGUGCGCUUCUCGAAGCGGAGCGGAAUCAUGGACCCCAACGAGAACUUCUUUGGGUACCACAUCCUCAUUGACGAGUUCUCCGCGCAGGUCCGCAUUCUGUGCGACCUGCUGAAGCAAAAGUACGGCCUAAGCCGCAUUGGGCGCGUCGUCCUCAACGGCGAGCUCUUUGGGGCGAAGUACAAGCAUCCGCUUGUGCCCAAGAGUGAGAAGUGGUGCACGAUGCCGAAUGGGAAGCGGUUUCCGAUCGCCGGCGUGGAAAUUCAGCGCGAGCCGUUUCCGCAGUACAGCCCAGAGCUGCACUUCUACGCCUUUGACAUCAAGUACUCUGUGAGUGGGGCGGAGGAGGACUUUGUCAUGCUUGGCUACGACGAGUUUGUGGAGUUUUGCUCGAAGGUGCCAAAUCUGCUCUACGCCAAGGCCGUCGUCCGCGGAACGCUCGACGACUGCCUGGCGUUUGACGUGGAAAACUUCUACACCCCGCUGCCGGCCCUGCUGGGGCUCGGCAACUACCCGCUCGAGGGGAACCUCGCGGAGGGCGUCGUCAUACGCCACGUCCGGCGCGGCGACCCGGCGGUGGAGAAGCACAACGUCGCCACCAUCGUGAAGCUGCGCUGCUCCAGCUUCAUGGAGCUGAAGCACCCGGGGAAGCAGAAGGAGCUGAAGGAGACGUUUAUUGACACCGUGCGGACAGGGGCGCUGCGGCGCGUCCGCGGGGACGUGACGGUGAUUGCGGACUCGAUGCUGCCGCAGGUGGAGGCGGCCGCGAACAACCUGCUGCUAAACAACGUCAGCGACGGCAGGCUGAGCAACGUGCUCUCGAAAAUUGGGCGGGAGCCGCUGCUCUCCGGUGAGGUUUCGGAGAAGGACGUUGCCCUGAUGCUCGCCAAGGAUGCCCUGAAGGACUUUCUCAAGGACGUGGACGCGUUGGUGCUCAACACGAGUCUCUCGUUUCGAAAGAUGCUCAUUUCGAACGUCUACUUUGAGUCUAAGAAGCUCGUGGCGCAGAAGUGGAAGGAGCUCAUAAAGGAGGAGGCGGCGGCGCAGGAGGCGGAGGCGGCCGCACUGAAGGAGCCCCUACCAACGGCCUGA